AUGCCUAUCUCCAAGAUUCACGCUCGCUCCGUCUACGACUCCCGUGGUAACCCCACCGUUGAGGUGGACGUUGUCACCGAGACCGGCCUCCACCGCGCCAUUGUGCCCUCCGGUGCUUCCACUGGUCAGCACGAGGCCGUUGAGCUCCGCGAUGGUGACAAGACCAAGUGGGCCGGCAAGGGUGUUCUCAACGCCGUCAAGAACGUCAACGAGGUCAUUGCCCCCGCCAUCAUCAAGGAGAACAUCGAUGUCAAGGACCAGGCCAAGGUUGAUGACUUCCUGAACAAGCUCGAUGGAACCGCCAACAAGGGCAAGCUCGGUGCCAACGCCAUCCUCGGUGUCUCUCUGGCUAUUGCCAAGGCCGCUGCCGCUGAGAAGGGUGUUCCCCUUUACGCUCACAUCUCCGACCUCGCCGGAACCAAGAAGCCCUACGUCCUCCCCGUUCCCUUCCAGAACGUCCUGAACGGUGGCUCCCACGCCGGUGGCCGUCUGGCCUUCCAGGAGUUCAUGAUUGUCCCUGACACUGCUCCUUCCUUCUCCGAGGCUCUCCGCCAGGGUGCCGAGGUCUACCAGAAGCUUAAGUCUCUCGCCAAGAAGAAGUACGGCCAGUCCGCCGGUAACGUCGGUGACGAGGGUGGUGUCGCCCCCGAUAUUCAGACCGCCGAGGAGGCCCUUGACCUCAUCACCGAGGCCAUUGAGCAGGCCGGAUACACCGGCCAGAUCAAGAUCGCCAUGGACGUUGCCUCCAGCGAGUUCUACAAGGUCGAUGCCAAGAAGUACGACCUUGACUUCAAGAACCCUGACUCCGACCCCACCAAGUGGCUCACUUACGAGCAGCUUGCCGACCUCUACAAGUCCCUCGCUGCCAAGUACCCCAUUGUCUCCAUCGAGGACCCCUUCGCUGAGGACGACUGGGAGGCCUGGUCUUACUUCUACAAGACCUCUGACUUCCAGAUUGUCGGUGACGACCUGACUGUCACCAACCCUCUGCGCAUCAAGAAGGCCAUUGAGCUCAAGUCUUGCAAUGCUCUCCUGCUCAAGGUCAACCAGAUUGGUUCCCUGACCGAGUCCAUCCAGGCUGCCAAGGACUCCUACGCCGACAGCUGGGGUGUCAUGGUCUCUCACCGCUCCGGUGAGACCGAGGAUGUCACCAUUGCUGACAUCGCUGUCGGUCUCCGCUCCGGCCAGAUCAAGACCGGUGCUCCUGCCCGUUCCGAGCGUCUUGCCAAGCUCAACCAGAUCCUCCGUAUCGAGGAGGAGCUCGGUGCCAACGCCGUCUACGCCGGUGCCAACUUCCGCACUGCUGUUAACCUCCCUUCAAUACUACAAAUACCCAAAAUGCCGCCUUCCAAGUGGGACGAAGAGGAGGAGGAUGUCCCUCCCCCUGUGACUGCGCCCCGUCGCCGCUUCGACGAUGAGGAAGAGGAAGAGGUCCUCGACUCAUGGGAUGCCGGUGAAGACUCCGAGGUCGAGCGCGAGAAGGCCAAGAAGGCCGCCGAAGCCGAAGCCGCCGCUAAGGCCAAGGCCCUGGCCAACAAGAAGACCAAAGCUCAGCGGAUAGAAGAGAACCGCGAGAAGCACCGUCUUGAGCGCGAGAACUUCGGCGAGUCCGAAAGCGAAGACGAGACUGAGCGCCGUGCUCGUCUGCGCAAGACCGAACAGGAAGCCGAUCUUGCCCACGCCGAGGAUCUGUUCGGCACCGUCGAUCUCAAGCGCAACAAGGGUGCCCCCAAGGCUGUUGUCGUUACUGAUUCCAAGGACCCCACCAACUCUGUCGAUCUGUCCGCCAUGCCGCUCUUCAAGCCCACCACAAAGGACCAGUUCAACCGCGUCACCGAAAUCCUCGUGCCUUUGCUCACUCCUCACUCGAAGAAGGCCCAAUACUCUCUCUGGGCGCAGGACUUCACUCGCAAGCUUGUGAAGGAGCUCCCUAGUGCUGAAAUCAAGAAGAUUGCCAGUGCUCUCACAACCGCUAGCAACGAAAAGAUGCGUGAGGAGCGUGCUUCUGACAAAGGCAACAAGAAGUCGAAGGCGGCGAAGACCAAGAUCUCGCUGAAUGCCAGCCGUGAUACUCAGCCUGACACCAGCCAGUAUGACGACGACGGUCUUGGUGAUGAUGACUUUAUGUGA